AAUUGUCAAACAUGAAAUCAAUUCGCAGCAAGUUUGUAUAAACAAUCAAUCGUAUUUACGUAGUUUUAAUAAAUAAAUAACCCGACCUUUCUGUUAUAAACGUGUGGGGUUUAUUUAUAAAUGACCCUUGGACGUAAAUACCAGCAGCCCUCCGGGAAUGCUGGGGACGCUCGUAAGGUCUAUGCUAGCCAGUCGAAGGUCGGCACUCUCUCGGGCUGCUCAUCUUCAAUAUCACUGUGCGAUAUGAUCGAACCACCGGACUAUGAGGAGGUGGCGGACAGGCUCAUGGGGCCCCGGGACCCCCUGGCUUAUCCCCCCCACGACAUGGAGCUGUGCACGGUGCCCCGGCGCAUACGGACAGUCACACACGUGCUCCCAGACGAGGACCUGAUCAAAGCGCCAAUGUUCGUUCGCGACUGCAUCCGCACGUACACGUCCGACUACACCGUGGUGGAGCACAAGCACCGGCAGCACUCGGGCUCCACGCUCGGCCGCGAGCGGCUCGGCGCGCGCCUCGAGCGGCUGGCCACCGCGCCGCGCCAGCUGUACGAGGUCGACGAGGACCAGGUCCCAGAAUCCCAGCCAUCAAGCGGGCGGCAGUCCGUAGCGUCAAUAUCAUCAUCAUCAUCGUGCAACGAGACCCUGACUCCGCGCGGGUCCUGGGCCAGCCUGGACCUCCGCAGCUCGUCCUCGGACCCGCUGCUGCCGGACCUCUUCGAGAGACGCCCGCCGGAGCAACAGGAUGCCAUCAAUGAGGCUAGGAGACUGGAGAACCGCCAAGCGGACUUGCUCGGUCUGUACUCGCCCUACUUGGACGAGGAGGAGGCGGUCGAGAGGCGCCUCGCCGCCGAGAUGCCGAGCGAAGUCGCGGGACACAGGAUACUAGUGCACUGCCACCAGCUCAAGCUCGAGGUGGACGUGGAGCCUCUCUUCGCUUCGAUGGCGCUCUACGAUGCCAAAGAAAAGAAGAAGCUAUCCGAAAACUUCUAUUUCAACCUCAACUCCGAAUGCACCCGCCAAAUGUUGUCCGCACAUGUACCCCACGCUGAUCUCAGUACUAUGAGUCGAAGCGCCGUGUUCGAUAUCAUGAACCCUUCUGCUGAUGUGUUCCUGGUCGUUCGAGUGGAGAAAGUGCUUCAAGGAGACGUUAAUGAGUGCGUGGAACCUUAUAUUAAAGACGAUAAGAACCGCGAGAAAGUCCGCGCCGGGGCUCAAGCGGCUUGCUCGCGUCUCGGCAAAUACAGGAUGCCACUAGCGUGGAGUGCGGUCUCCCUGCUCAACAUACUCAGUGGCAGCGACCGGGACGAACGGGACACCGGCACCAAUACCAACAGCUUAGAUCGUAAAGCAUCUUCAAGCAGUUUAGAACAACUGCGUCGCCGAGCCGGCGAGGUAGGCGGCUCCCUCACCCGCAAGGGCUCCGUGGAGCGCCGCGCGCCGCCCGCCGACGAGCUGGCGCCGCAGCUCGACGCCAUGAAGCCCGUCUCCAUCACCGUCACCAGCUUCUUCAAGCAGGAAACUGACAAACUCCGCGACGAAGACCUAUACAAGUUCUUAGUCGAGAUCAAGCGGCCCAGCUCAGCUCCAAAAAAACUCAAAUGUAUCCCCGGUAUACUGAAGAUAGAAGUCGCCCCGUGUCCGGAGGAGAUCAAGAAUGGACUCACGCCCGAGCUGGCCAAGCUGCAGCCUUAUGGAGAUGAAAACGUCCGCCCGACCAAGGAGGUGCUGCCGUUCCCGAUCCACCCUGUAGCGGCGCCGCACCUGCAGUACCGCAACCUGAUGUACGUGAACGUGCGCGACAUCAACCUCAACGCGUACACGUCCCGCGCCGGCUCGGCCAGGAACAUCACCGUCCGAGUCCAGCUAAUGUCAGGCGAGCAGCAAGCGAGCGCGCUGCCGGCGAUAUUCGGGCGCAGCUCCUGCCCGGAGUACACGAGCGAGGCCUUCACCACCGUGCUCUACCACAACAAAAACCCUUCUCUCUACGAUGAAAUCAAGAUUAAGCUACCUGCAGACCUAGGGGACCAGCAUCAUCUGCUGUUCACGUUCCUGCACAUAUCCUGCCAGAGGAAACCGGUCGCUCCUGAACAGGAGAAGAACGUUGAAACUGUCGUCGGGUUUUCUUGGCUCCCUCUAUGCCGCAACGGCAAGCUGACGUGUGGCGAGUUCAACCUGCCCGUGAUGCAGGAGGAGCCCCCUCCGAACUACUCGUACAUCUUCCCUGAUGUACUACUCCCCGGGACGAGGUGGAUCGACAACCACAAACCGAUAUUUAGCGUCACCUUGGACGCGCACACUACCGUCCAUCCUUUGGACAACUACAUCGAGCGUUUCGCAGUGGCCUGCGAGGCGGUGCAGGAAGGCAACAUCCCCACUAGGAUAGGUUUGGCCAACAUGGAGGCCGAGCUGCGAGCGAGCAUAUCCGAGCUGCCGACGGCCAACGUGGAGAUCCUGUCCCGCUACCUCCCCUACGUACUGGACAAGCUUCUACAUCUACUAGUGGCGCCACCAUCUUUAGCGGGCGUCCCGCUCAACAUAGCUCAAGAUGUGUUCACUUGUCUAGCGAACGUGUUCACGGACGUGUGUAAUAUGAACGAAGGCGUCACCUGCGACCCCCACGGCCGCAGCAGCCUCAUCACGGCGUACAUCCAGUACCAGUGCACCAUCCCUCGGCCUUCGUUGGCGGACAGGGACAUAGGCCUGCCCCUACCACCUGCAGUGAUGAGCGACGGCUCGUGUAAGAUUCUACACGAGGAGCUGGCGCUGCAGUGGGUGGUGGCCAGCGGCGCCACCCGAGACCUCGCGAUGCACAACUCAUGGGCGCUGUUCGAGCUAAUGAUAAAGUCCAUGUGCGAGUAUCUGUAUUGGAGCGGGGCUCAUGAGGCCCCGCGUAAAGCACGCUUCCCUGACCAGUUCACCGACGACAUCACUACUCUGGUCAAUAAUGUUACCACGGAAAUCAUUUCUAGAUACGGCAAAAACAGUCGUCUCACCCAAAGCUUGAACAACAGCCUGGCGUUCUUCUUAUUCGAUCUGCUCAAUAUCGCGGAUCGAGGUUAUGUCUUUAACCUGAUCCGCAGCUAUCAUAAGCAGAUGAGCGCCAAGAUCGCAUCUCUGCCGGAUGCCGUGCCUCUUGUCCAAUAUAAGCUGGCGUUCCUCCGCAUAAUCUGCUCGCACGAGCACUACGUGGCCCUGAACCUGCCCAUGGGGUCCAGCUCGGGCGCGGCCUCUCCCGCACCCUCCGUGCACUCGCACGCGUCGCACUCGUCGGCCCCGCCACCCCACGCUCUCACACACGAGCACCGCUCGCGGCACUACCUCGCGGGGCUGCUGCUGCACGACCUCACCGGCGCGCUGGAGCUGCAGAGUCCGGUGCUUCAAUGCGCCGCUGUGAACGCGCUCCUGUCUCUACUGACGGCGCACGAUGCCGACCCGCGCCUGGCGACGCCGGAGGUGCGCGCUCGGGUGGCGCAGCUGUACAUGCCUCUGCUGGGCAUCGUGCUCGACGCCGCGCCCAUGCUGAGCCGCUCGGCCGGGGCUAGAGAUGUCAUGCAAUUUGAUGGAGAGAUGGGUCAAUUGAACAGUUUAUAUAACCCGUCGGCUAACGAUCCGGACAGUAAGCAGACCGGUCGACCGCCAUACAACAGCGAGACCCACCGCAACCUGCUAAUGUGCCUCGUGUGGCUGCUGAAGAGCUGCUCCCGCGCCGCGCUGGCGCAGUGCUGCGCCGAGCUGCCGCCCGCGCGCCUGCCCGCGCUGCUGCACCUGCUGCAUCUCUGCUUCAUCGCGCACGAGUACAAGGGUCGCAAGGAGCUCCUCAAAUGCCAGCAGCAGAAUGUACGCAAGACGACCGACAUCAAAGCUAAACUGGAAGAUGUCAUCUUGGGGCAGGGAUCUGCGCGCUCCGAUUUAAUUAUGAGGCGGAAAGGCGGGUCUAUGGCGGUCCCGGGGCGGCGCGAGCGCUGGCGCAAGGACUGGCGCGGCGCCCGCGACGCGCCCCCCUCCCCGCUCGCGCCGCACCCCGCGCUGCCCGCCGCGCUCGCCGCCGAGGUCUCGCUCACUCUGCUGCACGCGCUAGAGACCAUCGUGCAGUCAUGCAGUAACUUGGAAUCGGGGCAAGCUGUAUGCAGCGCGGCGCUGCAGGUCGUGUUGCGCGCUAUGCAGCGCAACCAGAGUGCAGCUGUGCUGCAACAUAUGUUCGCUACAGUUCGCUCGCUGAUCGUCAAGCUCGGGUGGUCGUGCUGCGGCGAGGAGUCCGGCAUCUGCCGCGUGCUGCUGCGGCACUGCGCCGCGCUGUGCCCCGCCACGCGCGCGCACGCCGCCGCCGCGCUCUACGCGCUCAUGCGCCACCACUACCAGCUCGGCAACAGCUUCAGCCGCGUGAAGAUGCAAGUGACGAUGUCGCUGUCAUCGCUCGUGGGCACGUCCACCACCUUCAGCGAGGAGUCGCUGCGGCGCGCGCUCAAGACUAUCCUCGUGUACGCCGAGAGGGACCCCGACCUGCAGCAGACCAGCUUCCCUGAACAGGUAAAGGACCUCGUGUUCAACCUGCACAUGAUCCUGUCGGACACGGUGAAGAUGAAGGAGUUCCAGGAGGACCCUGAGAUGCUGCUGGACCUCAUGCACCGCAUCGCGCGCGGGUACCAGCACAGCCCGGACCUCAGGCUCACCUGGCUCAACAACAUGGCGCAGAAACACAUGGAGCGUUCGAACCACACCGAGGCGGGCAUGUGCCUCGUGCACGGAGCAGCGCUCGUGGCGGAGCAGAUGAACGCGCGCGGCCGCGGUGCCGCGCUCCUGGAGAAGGUCACCCACAACGCGCUCGACGAGUCCUGCGCCGACACGCUGCACCACCACCUCACACACCACGAGCUGCAGGCACUCCUGGAGCACGCCGCGAGUGAGCUGAUGACGGCGGGGAUGUAUGAAGCCGUCAACGAAGUGUACAAGGUGCUCAUACCCAUCGCCGAGGAACACCGCGAUUAUAAGAAACUCGCUAACAUACACGGUAAACUGAACGAAGCGUUCACCCGCAUCGACCAGCUGCACGGCAAGCGCGUGUUCGGGACCUACUUCAGAGUGUCCUUCUACGGCGCGCUGUUCGGCGACCUGCACGGCGAGGAGUUCAUCUACAAGGAGCACGCGCUCACCAAGCUGCCCGAGAUAUUCAGCAGGCUCGAGAACUUCUACGGUCAGCGUUUCGGCGCCGAAAACGUGGUGAUAAUAAAGGACAGCAACAUCGUGGACUCUUCAACACUACCAGCUGAUAAGGCACACAUUCAGAUCACAUACGUGGAGCCCUACUUCGAACCCCACGAGCUUCGCACGCGGACCACACACUCGGAGCGGAACUAUAACAUCAAGCGGUUUAUGUACGCGACACCAUUCACUGUGGGCGGGCGCGCUCACGGCGACAUCGCGGAGCAGUGCAAGCGCAAGACCAUCCUCACCACCGCACACCACUUCCCAUACGUCAAGACACGCAUACAGGUGGUAGCCAGAAGUCAGAUCAUCCUCACGCCGAUCGAAGUGGCCAUUGAAGACAUCCAGAAGAAGAUAAACGAGCUAUUUGCAGCGACAAGUCAAGAGCCGGCCGACCCUAAGAUCCUGCAGAUGGUGGUGCAGGGCUGCAUCGGCACCACCGUCAACCAGGGCCCGCUCGAGCUCGCACAGGUGUUUUUGGCGCCGGUGGCGGACGGCUCGCAGCCGCCGACGAGAUUAACCAACAAGCUGAGAUUGGCUUUCAAGGAUUUCUCCAAGAAAUGUCACGACGCCCUGAAGAAGAACAAGAACCUGAUCGGCAGCGACCAGCGCGAGUACCAGCGCGAGCUCGAGCGGAACUACGCGCGCUUCGCCGAGCGCCUCGCGCCGCUCGUGCUGCCCGCACACUCGCACGCGGCGCAGCUCAGGUACUAAC